UUAAAUCACUUUGUUAUUUUGUCAUUAAUUAUUGAGAGAGAGAGAGAGAGAGAGAGAGAGAGAGGACACUAUCCAUUAAGGCUAAAUUAAGAUUUAAGGAAGAAUACCCAUCAGGUGAGAGACACAGAUGGAGGAGAAUGAGACGUAACAGAAUCUGCAGUAGUUGCAGAAACUUUUAAUCACAACUUGUGUUGUUACAUUUGAUAUGUUUUGUCCUCUGUCUCUCUCUAUCACAGGCUACCGUCUGUACAUUGGGGUCUGUGUAGUGUGAUUGCUGCAUGCAGCUUACAACAUAGACUUUCUUGGAAUCCUUCUCUCUGUCAGCCUUCAUUUAGUUUCGUUUGGGACUACUGAGUUCUCAGAGCUGUGACUGUUGACGGUCCAAGAGAAAAUACAGAGCCCAAAAAGGUUAAUGGAUGAUUGAAUGGAUUAUGGAACUCUUUUUCUGUUUCAAUUUUUAGACCCUCUUGCAUUUUAGGGUCCUCGGACUACUAAUCACAUCUAAAUUUCUUGGUGAACAUUGGAAGGACCACAGAUCUCCUGAAUCACCUCUCUCAUGUCUCAUAAGCAGGGUAGCAAACAGUAGAGGAGGUUCCCUAUUUGAUGAUAAGUGAUCCAGAUUGACUCUUUAGCUGUCAACCUAUGUGUUGCCAAUCUACACCCACCAAACCCAUAUGGGAUGAACUGUGGAGUUUUGACAUAGAGGCAGUGACUCUUUCAAGCUAAAUCUGAGAGCAGCUACCCAAUCUUAUUUUUAAAUGUCAUGUACUCAUAUUUUCUGAUAUGGGUUUCUGCUUUUCUUCCUUUUUAUAGAUAUAAAACUCUCAGGGGCUAUGCAGUCUGUGAAGAAUAUUAUAGGGGUUGUUCUAGGUUUGAUCAAUACCUACAGUAGGAGCUGUUUUGCUGACCUGAAGAUGUCCAUACCGUAUAGAUACGGACAGACUUGUGUUUAAAGUUAAAACAGAGGAGACCAGUGAAUCAGUGAGGGAGAGAGUAAGGGACAGAGAAAACGGAUUUUAAUCAUAUGGGUUUCAAGUGAGUUUUCAAAAGAGAGGUGUUCUGAAUGAUGAUUUCUGAGUGGUUACUGUUUUGAACUCAUUGACAGGAAAGAAGAAUUGGAAUUACUUGUUUGUGAAGCAAAGAUCUCCUCAAGUCCACACUAUGACAAGAGUGGGAUACUGGGAUUGGGAGAAACCCAAGGAGAAGUACUAUUUAAAAAGGAGUGAUAAAUAGAGGUCGUCUUCUAUGGCUAGUAUUCUUCCUGAUCUGGGAACUUGCUCCCCUAGGCCUUUUUCACUUUGACCUUUCUUUUAUCCAGAGAUAGUGCAUCUCCUCUUGAAGUGUUAGUGAGAGUGAUUCAACCAGGACUUCUUGUUUCACUACUCAUCAUCAUCAUGUGGGCUUCCAAGGAGCAAAAGAGAAGAAUUUGGGUUUUUGUGAUAGGUUUCCUUCAAAUAGUGAGUUGGGUUUCUGCAUCAAGUAGGCCUUUUGCACUAUUAUCUGAUGCUCAUCAACGAGGCCAAAGUCCAAAGUCCUCACCAGCUCCCUUGGAUGACAAACAGGAUUUUAAAAGGGUAGGAGGGUUUGUGGUGAAUGAGGAUGAAGAAUAUAAAGAACUGAGCACGCUUGGAUCCAGGCCACCAAACUGUGAAUACAAGUGUGGAGAAUGCAGUCCUUGUGAAGCCAUCCAAGUGCCCACAACCACUAACCAAUUUGGUGUCCAAUAUGCCAACUAUGAACCAGAGGGAUGGAAGUGCAAGUGUGGGACUUCUUUCUUCAACCCCUGAACACUACUGUACAGUUUAUAAGAACAGAAUUGCCUCCACCUUUCUCUGCUACCAUCUUACAUACUUCUCCUCUUCCCUCUGUAGAAACAUCAAAUCUUUCAAAACCUCAAAUUAAAUUGUCAAUGCAGUACUUUUGCUUUAUUAUCA